AUGCUCGCAUCUAAUGGAAUUUCAGAGAUACAGAGUGGAACUAUCAAUCUACAGCUCCUAGGCCGUCUUCAGACUCCCUCGUCGCGGACUCAGAUGCCUAGACUACCAGCUAAUCCUGACGAUCAAGGCUUGAUGAUUCAGCCUCAUCUUCUCCGUAACAACGACAACAAUAACAACCAGCAUCAAUACCCCGUGCAGCACCUUCAGAACCCACCAGCACUUUCUCCAGACUUUACGGUCUCGAACAGCUUCCAAGGCUCUGCACAAACUCGUCAGCAGCGGCACAUGUACCAUCAGGAUGCCAGCUACCAGCAAUUUCAGCAAGCAUUCACACCUGCUCAGCAGCAUGGAUACAACCUCAACAGAAUUAACACCAGUGCAGCUUUUCUGCCGACUAGUGAACAGACUCAUCAUUUCGGCAUCCAGCAAGACGCGGAGUAUAACUCCACAGAGGAUGACGGUCCCAAUGUAGCCUCCACAGGCGUCAUGAGACACUCCAAGAUUCCGCUUAACAGCAUUCCGAACGCCACCGAGUCUUACGAAGACGUUGUCACCAACAGUCGACCGUAUCAACAGCUUCUUCAGCGGAACACGCAACUGUCGCUCACUCUUCAGCAAGCUGUAGCAGAGAGCAGAAAUCAUGUUCAACAGCGGAAUCAGGCCGUACAGCAGGCUCAUUAUUGGAGAUCGCAGCGUGAGCAGAUCAUUAGAGGCACUGACCAGCGUACCCAGCAGCUGCUUGCCGAGAACCAGCGCUUUCGGGACAGGAUUGCGGUUUUGGAGCAGCAGCUACACGACGACGAUGACGAGGUCGUCAUCACACGUGUACAGCAGAACGACGAUGUCCAAAUUACAGCAGUCCAUCAUCUGCAGCAGCAACCCGAGCAAUCUCCCCAGCAGCCAUCUCAGCAGCUAUCCUCAGCAUCUCCACCACAGCUUGCGGGCCAGAAACGCAAAGUAUCCGAUGCCAACGAUGGCGCUGAACUCAGCAAUGGCCCUACGCCUGCAUCUGAAGGCGGCCCGGCGACUCCUGCCAACGACAAUGCCGCAAAUGCGCCCAUCAUCGUUGCCCCUGUCCUACUAGGUCCAACCACCGGCGAUGGCGAUCCCUCCGUCUCUCCACCCGCGCCCAAGCGGCAUCGCAAGCUUAGCAAGAAGCCCACCUGGGCAUUUUCGAAAUUGGCCCCGCCUGCGUUGCUCAGUGCCCUGAGUUUUGUCAGCCCAAAGCAGGCACGCCAGCGGGUAGAGGAACAGGAACGCGAGGUGCAAAUUAACAGAAUGGAGACGGAAGAUCGGGAGAAGCAGGCGAAGCAGGAGGCGAAGGCGAAACAUGAUGCCGAGAGGAAGGCGGAGAAGAGCAGAAUAGCCAAGGAGAGACGAGAGCAACAGAAGCAAGAUCGCUUGGCGAAGGCAGCAAGGGAAGCGGAGUUGGAGCUGGAGAGGGCAGAGAAGGCGGCGCAGGAAAGAGAGGAAGAGGAGCAGAUGACAGCGGAGGAGCUGGAUCGUCAGGCAAGGGACGAAGUAGAGGAGUUGUUGGCAGUGGACGACGAGGAGAUGGUGCAACGCGAUCAGGAGUUGUUCGGCAUCGGAUAUGAGGGGGACCAGCAGGCCCAGGAAUAUGAGCAGGGCGACGAGAGUGAGCUGCUCGAGGAGUACGAGCAGGACGAAGAGGGCGAGGUGAGCGAGGAGGAGUGA